CUCCAUGUUUUCAGACGAACAUACAUCUAUUCGACAGGAUCAGUGGGUUUCAACAUAAAAAUCUAGGUAUCGGGCUGGGACGAGUCGGUUAAUAUCCUCGCAUUUACGACAUACCCGGUUUUUCGUUCGGCUUUGGACGACUCCGUCCAUUUCGCAUAAGAUACACCGGGUCCGGAUUUCGUCAUCCUGGUUUUAAGUUCUUCAGUAAAAGCAAGAAGUCGAGAUAUAGGUCUCAUAUUCCGCAACACGCAACUUCUCUGCUGUGCGGUUCUCCGUCGAAGUCUAAUUUAUAGACAUAUCUUCUAUACUGUUCGGUAAUUGGGGUCGACCCAUACGGUCUUCAGUAUGGCGAACGAAACACUACGCGGCGGGUGCCCCGCACCCUUUUUUAGUGAAGACUUAUUCCCUACAAUGGGUGGACACAUCGAGGGUCGGUUAUGUUCGCCCCUAGGGCGUUUAAACUGUUGCGUCCCAUGUCCUAUGACCGACUGGGCUUACCCGGAUAAUUUCAACUCGGCGACGACGGCAGCAAACUGGGUUAAUGUUGUCGGCAUGGUCUGUUGUGGGUUUUUAUUGUUAUCCUGGAUUGUGCUUCCCGUCGAGAAGACGCAUCGCCACUAUUUGAGUAUAAGUCUCGCAUGUGCCGUUGUUCUGAUGAACUUGGGCUUCAUCAUUCCUUUAGCAGCCAAGCCGAACCAAUGCUACAAUGAGAUCACUCCCCAUGGGAUGGACACGAGCUCUGUAUGUGCUGCUUCGGGAGCUUUCUUACUCAUUGGAGGCUGGGCUGGUGUCAUGUGGGUUUUCUUGAGGGCGCUUUCUUUACACCUCCAAAUCUGCUGGCAAUUGGUGGUGGGUCGAAACUACAUGUGGUUUUCUCAAGUCCUCGGUUGGGGUAUUCCCAUCAUUGGCCUUAUCAUCCUUCUUGUUUUCAGUGGAGUUUCCUUCCGAUUCGGUGCGACAUGUCACAUCAACCACGAGAAUAGUUUGGCCGAUUUCUGGAUCCCUCUUCUCGUCUUCGCAGGCCUGACCGUUAUCAUACAAUUCGCCACCUUCGGAUAUUGUAUCAAAGUUUAUCUCGCAUCUUUGACCGAUAACAGCACAACCACCGAGGGCUCUGGGAUGCCCUCAUAUUCCAACAGUAUCCGCACUAUGACUCCCCGCCAAGCAUAUCGAAGAAUUCGACGUGUUGUUCAGCUCCAAUGGCGUGGCAUUGUCAUCGUAUUGAUUAUUAUUGCCGAUGUCAUAUUCUUCGCUGUCAUCUUCGUCUUUCUAGACAACACUGUCGAAUCAGUGAGGACUAACCCGGCAAAGGCACUACCAUGGGCGGCUUGUCUCAUCGCAGCUAGCGGAGAUAAGAAUAAGUGUUUGGAUAAAGCUAAAGGAUUGGUUGUCAGUCUGCCGACUGUCACCGCGGUCCUUAUACUAUUGGCUAUGAACGGCCUUUGGUUACUCUUGUUGCUCGGCCGCUGGUCUAUGGUUACCGGCUGGGUCGAUUUCUUCGCAGCAAUGGGUGGUAACACCACCAAGAAAGAAUUCGUGUCUGUGGACGCUCGAAUGGAUAUUAAGCAGGACCCUCGAUCUUAUGAAAUGUUGUCUCGCGAUUCCGGAAAGGUAGACACGGUGCUGACCCCAAUUAGCGCGACAAUGUCGCCCACCACUCGAGGCGGGCGCCAAACCCCUGAUUAUUUCGGACAAACGGUCCGGUAUCAACCACACCAGCGAUCAUUCUCUUCGCCCAGGCCUCCACAGCAACUUCGCUGGGAUGGGAAUGAGGGGCAAGAAGACGCUUAUCCCUUACCACCGAUGCCACCAUCGCGAACAUACGAUUACGAUAAUAUGAAUCCGUUAGGGAUGAAUAGGAUAGAAAAGGAAGAGGAGGAUGAGAUACAAUACUCGGCCCCGAGGUCGCAAUAUACCCAACCACACGCUCCCGAUUAUAGUCGCGACCACGUUUUCAUCUAAAUAAUUAUUCGAUCUAUUACCAUAGGCUAAUCCGCCUGAUCAUAUAAAACAUGUACACCAUGUACAA